UUCACCUUUCUCUAUCUCUCUCUCAGUAUAAAUACAAACGAACAUACUUCUUCGUUCUCACGUCCCAUAAACAUAACUUUAUAAUCUUCAAACAUAUUCUUGAUAAACACACACACAAAAAAUAACAUACCCUAAAUCUCAAGAAAAUCUCCAAUAUUAUUAGUUGUAUUUUCAUCAUGUUUUCUUGUUUGGUUUAAAAACCCCUAAUAUUGUUCAAAAAUCAUAGAUUUAUACUUUUCUCUAAUGGCUAAAUUUGGGAAGCUAACAAAGCUUAAGUCGGUCAUAAAGAAAUGGCCUUCCUUCACCAAGAACCAGCACUACUCAACCACCGUAUCCACCACCCCCGCCGCUGCCACCGAGGUCUCAAAAUGCGAUAAUCUUCAACUAGUUUACGUUGGAAAGUCUCGAAGACCUUACAUGCUUAGUUCCCACGUCAUUGACCAUCCACUGUUCCAAGAGUUGCUUGAUCGUUCAUCGAGAUUCAUGGAAGAAUGUCACAAUCAAAAGGCAGUCUUAGUAGCUUGUGAGGUCGUGUUGUUCGAGCACUUGCUAUGGAUGCUCAAGAACAGUUUCACCGAUCACAAUGAUUAUGAUGAUGAUGACUGCCAAAGAGAAUCCGUCGAGGAGUUGGUUGAGUUCUACACUUAUUGACAGCGAUUUGUUCUUAUAUUUCUUUUAAUAUAAUAUAUAGUUUAUUUUAUUUAAUGAAAAUUUUGAACUGAUCCUACAUGAUCCAGUUCGACCCACAAAAGACCCCCCCCCCCAGCAAGUUCUUAAGAUUUUUGUGACUCUUAGCCUCAUUCUCAGGACAUCUUACCUAAUCAUAGUAGAAACUGUAAUUCCGUCAAUGAUAAAAGUUGAUGUUGUAAUAAUUUUUGU